ACGGGUUUGACGUGGCAGGAGGCGAUAUCGCCAAUAUGAUUACGAGCCCAAUGGUAUCUGCCACGCCCACAAUUUUUCGUGUUGGCAAACUACGUGAGGAGGCCCUUGGUUUGGCGGAGACGGCGACGCGACACCGCCGCGACGGUCAGCGCAGCAUCGCACAACGCAGUCUUUCUCAUUCGUUUGACGGCGCAGAGGAAGGGUCUCAUGGUGGGCCAGUUGACACACUUGAAAGAGAAGCAAGACCCCCAAGUCCGCCGUCAAACUUAGAGCAUCAUCCGAUUGCCGCGGCUGUCGGCGCAGAUGCGGGCGUCCCCGUCACAAACAGUGGCGCAGACGCGACAGAACAGCUUGUGGUUGGGUCAUCGGCGACAGCACGGCGCGACAGAGCCACUGUUUUGCCGACAGUGGCAUUUUAUGCAAGCGGGAAGAGUACUGGGGGGAUGGAUGAGCAGGGAGUCCGGAAUGUUGGUAGGCCAUCUGCACCGUCUAUGGGGAAACGAUCCAUUGGGAGUGUAGAUGGUGCUCGGCACACCGCCAUGGCCGAGUUUGAGGACCGACACGGGAGUGCUUUGCCGACGAAGACGUCUGAUGUCCAUGCUACGAGAGCCGCAAAGGCGAGUCUUUCUCGGGCAAGGAAGAAGGCCUCGGCAAGGAAGGCGUCACGUUCAUCCUCACAUAUGCGUUCCCGAGAGAGAGGAUCGGGCGUUGUGCAUCUCGAGGACGGAGAGAUUGCACCUGACGGCGACGCAUUGGAUGUUGGAGGGAGGGAUGCAACGACGACAGAUAUCGUCGGCAGGGAGGGCACAGGGAAUGCAGUGGCAGGUCAAAAGAGACGUGGCAGUGUACUUAUCGUCCACGAUGACAGCACGGAUGUCGCCCCGGGAGAGACCACAGGCACUGAUGAUGCAGGGGACUCCGAUUACGUACCCAAACCACGGGCGGCAGAUGGAGAUGAUGAAGGAGGGCGACGAGUGAGACCGAGGACACGACUCGGGCCGCAAGGGCAGCAAGCACAGGGCGCACCAUCGGCGAUGAUUCCUGCCCCCAUAGAUCGGCGAGCUCAGGCGCAGCGGUUGCUGCGCAAAAUGGAGGCCACUCUUCAACAGACGCACGGGUUAUCGCUUGGCCGCGAAGAGACGGAGACUCAGAGACAGGGAGAGAGGGAGGGAGAGAGAGAGAGAGAGACAUAGAGAGAGAGAGAGAGAGAGAGAGAGAGAGAGAGAUUUAGCAGAUACUUGCGCUGGCUGCGUUGUUCGAAAAGCAAGCCCGGGCUAUCACUAGGAUGGGAGGCCAUAUGGCCUAGGCCCGUAGCAUGAGAGCCUAUAGCCGGGCAGGCAGAGGCCGUUCAGAAAAUUGCUUCACUUCAGCUUGUUGUACUUUUAUUUUGUUACCCUCGCAGACUCGCAUCCUCGCAUCCUCGUAGCCUCGUAGCCUCGCAGAGUC